UAUAUAAAUAUCUAUUGAACGGGCAUUGAUUGUAUUUAACCGGAAGUACCAACCUUUACGCUGACAAUCCUCCACAUUCACUUCCGGAGUAAUGUUGCAAGUACUUUGGGUCAAGCUGUCAUUUUGGCUAAGUGCUAGCAUUUUUUUUUCUUUUAUUAAAAAAGUCCAAGGAAUGUUUUUAUCGGUAAUGAAAUAGGUAUUUUUUGUACUCAUGUCUGAAAGAGCCACCCACGUGGAGUGGGUUGAAACAACGGAGGAAGUCGUUGAAGCAGCUGAAUGUGUUCCACUGAAAAACAACUCUCCUUCAGUGGUUCUGGAGGCGACACAAACAUCUAUCCAGGAGUUAUUAAAUUCUGUGGGACAAGAGGAAAGUUCCAGGGGUCAUGAGGGUUUUUGUUGUGAGGAGUGUCUAACUCUUUUCCAGAGUAACCCUGACAACAUAAAUGGCCCUUCUUUCAUUCUCGACUUCCAAACAAGCAUGGGCGUCCAGCAGAGGGCUCUACUCACUUUACCCUACGGCCUGAUGAUCGGCAGAUCUAGUAUUCCCGGGGCAGGAAUCGGUGUCAUUAAUCAUGGACCGGCGGUGUCUCCAGGAAUGCAUUUUGGACCGUACGAGGGGGAAGUGACUACAAAGGAGAAUGCGAUUACAAGUGCAUUUUCCUGGGAGAUUUACAAAGAAGAAGACAACUACGAGUACAUUGAUGCCGCCAAUGACUUCUACUCAAACUGGAUGAGGUACGUCACCUUUGCCCGUUCCAAAGAAGAGACGAACUUGCUGGCGGUGCAGUACAACGGGAGCAUCCUUUAUCACUGCUGCCGGACGAUCCACACCGGAGAUGAGCUCACGGUGUGGCCCAGCAACAAGCUGCUCUCUCAUUUCAGCAAAGCGUGGACUCAAAUGUGGCUUUCCAAGUUGAAUGCAGCAGUUGCAGAGAGCGACACAUCAACAACUUCUACCAUCUUCCCGUGCUCUGACUGUCCUCUCUCUUUCACCACCGAGGCGUUCCUCCAGCGACACACAGAGAACUUCCACUGUCAGCCUAAAGCCAUGGAAGCCGCUGAAGAUCCUGCAGCUUCUGCUGUAGACUCGGAUCACUUCACUGAAUCUGUUACUAUUAUAACUGUGGAUUCUGUCAAAUCCAACACCUGCGAGGAUUGUGGGAAAGUUUUUAAGCAAAUCCCUCAUCUGAAGAGGCACAAGCUGUGCGUCCACUCCAACAAGCGUCCGUACUGCUGCCCGCACUGCAGGAGGAGCUUCAGCCAGGCGUCCGGCUUGAUCAGACAUCAGCUUGUUCACAGAAAGCCGACGGCGGGGAAAUCUCAGAAUGGGGACGGAGACGUGUGCGAGAGCUCAACGCCGACCGUAGAUGAAUCUGAGAAAACGACGGAUGUGGUCGCCGCUGAAGAUCUGCAAAAAGACGCAGAAGUUCCCGACACGGUUGUAACCGAAGAAGCAGAUCCGGGUCGUCUUGCGUGUUCCGACUGCAGCAGCAGCUUCACAAACGAGGCGGACUUGAAGAAACACAGAGCGGGAGCCCACGAGAAGCUGCGACCGUACGUCUGCGGCGUGUGCCACAAAUGCUUCUUCCAGUACCACGACCUGAACCGGCACUUGCGGUGCCACCGUAAAAAGAGGGACAAAGCGAAGGCGCGUCCGAAAACCCCGUCCGCGAUGCCCUUCAGCUGCGCCAAGUGUUUGACCGGCUUCGACUCGGUGGACGCCCUGCAGCAGCACGUAAACGAGCUUCACUCGGGUGAAGAGGACGCCCCGCUUCCCGCCGAACCGGUCCAGCACGAUCAGCAUCCUAGGCCUCAGCGUCUCGCUGCGAGGUCGAAGGUUUCCGCCGUCACCAAGCUCAUAGCCCCAAAACGCAAGGCAGCCGAGAAAAGCUCCGAGGUCGACGGCGCCACCGAAGCGAAGUUACGGCGAUGGUUCAGCUGCAAUCACUGCAAACAAACCUACGGCAAACCGGACGAUCUCAAAGCCCACAAGUGCUCCUUGAAGCCCCUCAAAUGCGGCCAGUGCGGGGCCACUUUUUUGAAGACCGGCUUCCUGAGAAGACACGAGCAGGUUGCCCACGUCAAAGCAAAGUCCUACAACUGCGAGCGCUGCAACAGAGACUUCUCCACGCUCGGGAAGCUCAAGCAACAUCAGAAAAACAAGUCCUGCUUGAAGUACCACUGUGCGUCCGAGCAUUACCCGUGCUCCUACUGUCAGUUUUCCUUCACCUUGAAAAGCUACCUGAACAAGCACCUAAAGCGGCACCACCCCAUGGAGUUCCUGUCUCUAUCUGAACAAGGCUCUCCGAUAGUUCAGUCCGAGGAGAAGGAACAGGGGCAUGUUUGUAAGCAUUGUAAAAUCAACUUCAGCACCACCAAAGACCUGAAGUCGCACCCUUGCUCAAAGCAGGUGAAAGUUCUCUAUCUGUGCACGGACUGUGGCAAGAGCUUCAACAACCACUACAGCCUGAAGCAGCACCAGCGGAUCCACACGGGCGAGAAGCCCUUCUCCUGCCCCCAGUGCACCAAGAGCUUCUCGUACGUGGGCCAGCUCAACGUGCACCUCAGGACUCACACGGGCGAGAAGCCCUACCUGUGCACCCACUGCGGCGAGAGCUUCCGGCAGUCGGGGGACCUGAAGAGGCACGAGAGGAAGCACACGGGCGUGAAGCCCUACAGCUGCCCCGAGUGCAGCAAAAGCUUCAGCCGCCCGCAGAGCCUGAAAGCUCACCAGCUGCUCCACUUAGGCCAGAGGAUGUUCAAAUGCAGCCAGUGUGGGAAGAGCUUCUCCAGGAACUAUCAUCUCAGGAGGCACCUCCAGAAGAUGCACAUGUAACUUCAUCUCAUUUUUCAUAAAAAAAAAAUGCAGAAAUUCUCUCCUCUUAAUGUUAAAUGGCUUUAUUUCCUGACAAAAUGCAGAACUUUUGGAGUCUCUGUUGCAGUUUGUUUUUGUUUUGGCCAAGUUUGGUUGAAUAAUAAAUAUUGGCUCAAAUUUAUUGUUUUCCCACUAACAGCCACUAGAGGGCGCUGGAGAUGUGUGUCAGUAUUUGCUACAGACAGCAACGUAGAAGAAGAAAAACAUGGAGGAGAAUCUGAUCGUUCUCCUGAACUUUGAUAUUUUUAUUUGCAUCAAGAUAUUAUUUUUGUUUUUAUUUUGUGGAACAGCAACUCAUCAAAUUGGGUUAAAGACACACAGACGUACUGGUGAAACCGGCAUUAUUCAGAUGCAGCUCCUGUAGUAGAAGGUAAAGAUCGCCAUUAAAAAAAACAACUGAUCUCAUGAACCCAGACAUGGAGACACGUUUUGUAGAGUUCUUCAGAAUAAAUAAACCUAAUUUGUCAA